AUGGCGUCCAGAAUCGGAAAUGAUCAGAUUCACUGGAAAGCAGAAGCUACUCGGUCGGCGGCAGAUGUCGUCGCCGAGCUUGAAUCUCUUUCACGGAACUGCAACCGGUGUCAUCAGCCAUUUCGUGAAGAUGAAUUGUAUGUAGCUCUCGAGGGAACAUCUUGGCAUCAAGAAUGCUUCCGAUGCGCUCAAUGUCUUCUAUCGCUGGAUUUGAAUGAAGACUUUUUCGAAGUGGAUGGGCGGUUUUAUUGCAAACACGAUUUCGAGGUGCUCUACUCUCCAAUAUGCACAAAAUGUAACUCGUUCAUCGUUGGCAAAGUAAUGAAAUCAGCAAGCUACUCGUUCCAUCCAGAUUGCUUCAGAUGUGCAAGUUGUGACGGUAGUUUGGACGACGGCACC